AUGCACCCUGACAGCAUAGGAAAGUCUGGACUGCUACAGAGUCAGUUCAUUAGUACUACUAGUUUUGAUGGCUUGCGCCGAGCUGAAGCUCCUAGCUAUGUCUACAACGCCAGUAAGACUGCUCUGAACCACUUGAUGAAGACUUUGUCAUCAGAGUAUGCCAAACAUAGCAUCCGGGCCAAUGCUAUUGCCCCUGGUACAUUUGUAACAGAGAUGACAGAGGCCUACACCCCAGAGGGAGAUGUCAGCGUCACGGCUCUUUGCCAUAGCAAGCUAUUCCCGCUACACGAGCAGGCACAGAAGAGGUAUGCUUAA